AUGGCCAUGGGAGAGCAUGGAAAGGAUGGGGCUGGAAUUUGGGGAUGGCUACAACUUUCGGAACGAAACAACAUUUCCUUAUUCCACCUGCACUAUGAGGAUGAGAAAACCGGGGCACGACGGCUCAGUUUUAGCUAUUCCGGCCUCAAGUCAUGGCCAGACGGCUUUGGCCAGACGAGAAACGAAACACCAGAACUAAGGAUCAAGAGCGGCGGCGGCGGCGGCGACGACGACGACGACGACGAGCGACGACAGCAACAGGGGGCGGCAGCUGGGCCAGAGGUCAGUACAUCGAAUGCAGGGUCGAGCGAGGAGAGAAGAGAAGAGAAGGAAGAGAGUGACGGACGGAGACGAGGCCAGAUGGCGGCAUGGGGCUCGCCUCGGAAAGAAAGCGCCACCGAGAGAGAGAAGCGUUGGAAAAUCAAUGUUAACAAAUGGGCCAUGAUCAAACGACAAAAGCACACAGCGUCCAAGAUGCCCAGGGGCCAGGGCGGCGCGGCCAGCGAGACGGCCGGUACCGGGCGGACUCCUGUUACCAUUGCUGCCGCGUACUCCGUACUCGGCGCUACCACUUGCAAGUUGCAUGCGACGCGCCGGGAAUAUUCAGGCUCGUGGCUCGUGGCUCGUGGUCGUGGCUCGUGGCUCGUGGCUCGGGGCCUAUCGCUCAUCGCUCAUCGCACCCCCCGGCCGCCACCGGCCGAAGCAAGCUACGCACUUGCAUUGAACCUGGCGCACUGGGUUGAGUCGGGUUCAACGGCGCAGCUCGUCAACGUGGGAACUUUAUCAUGA